AUGGCUGAGACUCUGCGACCCGUGUUUGUAACAUUGCAUAAUACGCAGGCCGUCUGGAUCAAAGUCGACGAGGCAAAAUAUCGGCAUGUUGGGCUUCAUGGCCUGGAUCGCGUGAAGGAACGAUCUAGUGACGAGGUCUGGGUAGCCUUUGGCCUGGACUCCAGCCAAAGGUCGGAAAGCGGCUUCCUUUUCGAUGACGAGAACCCAUUUGGUCGAUGCAAAGUUCAUGCCGACGACGUCUCUGACCGAAGGGAUGAGAACACCCUGGUCAUCUCGGCCAAGGUUCAGCGUGAAGGCCAAGUCGUCUACCAGUUGAUCCACAUUGGCCUGACUGCCGAAGAGCUCAACGUCUUGGUAAAAGAUGUUGCUGAGAUCGAGUCAACCCCUACCAAGGCUCCCGCGAGAACAAGCAGGAGAAAAUCACCGUUUGGUCAGUAUGAUGCCGCCAACCAAUGCUCGAUGCGAAAGACUCAGGAUCUUCAUCACUCGGGCUUGUCGACGACACACCAGUCAGUCAACCUGCGACCAAGGCAUAUUGACAAGUUCAUGUUUUUGUUCAUUUUUACCAAAUUUACUGGCUUCUCGCGGCGUGCUCCCUGGGAACCGAAGAAAACCUGCGCUGGCUCGGCUGGUGCCAGGACGUCGAGCCUGAUAGGGGAUGGAAAGAACACGGCCAUGGAAGAGGUCGUCUUGCACUUCACGGAGAAUGCCAUCGAUCCUUGCAAUCACAGCUGCCGCGCUGUUGUGAUAUAG